AGAUGCAACAAAAAGAAAACAACAACGGACAGUUAUAUUGCUACCAGAAAGCAGAAGAAGCAGCGAUGUCACGACUCUUUUUACCAAAUCGUUUUUGUGCCAAAUGUUCCCUAAUAACAGCGCGUGGGUAUAAUGCAUUUCCGCCGCGAGCCGUAGCGCGUUACAAGCAGCAUCAGUCAGAUAAACUGAGUGCUUUUAUUCAACAGAGACGAUAUGGCGGAGAGGCAAAUCCAGCGUUUUUUAAAUACAGGUCAAAGUCCCGGAUUUGGGUAUGUGGGGUCGGUGUGGGGAUUGCUAUAGCUGUCGGGUUGAAAUACAACGCAGACACAUCCAGCAGUUCCUGUGAUGAUACAGUGAAGGAGGCUCAGAGGACUGAUCGAUACAGCGCUGCCAUAAAAGUUAGCAGGGACCUGGUGGAGCGGAUCAAGGAUGAGGUCGGGGCUCCAGGCCUGGUGGUGGGGGUCUCUGUAGAUGGCGCUCAUGUCUGGAGUGAAGGGAUCGGUUAUUCUGAUUUGGAGAAUCGUGUGCCAUGCGGCCCAGGAACAGUGAUGCGAAUCGCCAGCAUCAGUAAACCCCUCACCUCUGCAGCUGCUGCACGGCUCUGUGAGGAGGGGAAACUGGAGCUUGAUGUCCCUGUCCAGAAAUAUGUCCCAGAAUUCCCCCAGAAACAAUUUGAUGGAGAGGAUGUCACAAUAACCCCUCGAAUGAUUCUGUCCCACCUGAGUGGUAUCCGGCAUUAUGAGAAGGAUGCUAAGAAAGUGAGGGAGGACAGGGAGAAAGCAAAGCGUCUGUUGAAGGCAGAAAAGAAAGAGGAUGAGAAGAGCACAUCAGAAAACAAUGAUAAACGUGCAACUGAACAAGAAAACAAAGGCAAAGAAGCCACUAAGGCUCAGAAGAAAAAAGAGUUUGAACACGAGGAAUACUACUUAAAGGACAACUUUGAAGACGUCACUCACGCCUUGGACCUCUUCAAGGAUGACCCACUCAUUUUCAAACCUGGCACCACUUUCCUGUACUCCACCCAUGCCUUCACCCUGCUUAGUGCUGCUAUGGAGCGCGCUGCUGGAAAGCACUUCCUUGACGUUAUGAUGAACAUGUUCCGUGAGCUGGGAAUGCUCAACACUGUUCCCGAUGAGAAUGACCCUAUUAUUUACCACCGCUCCAGAUAUUAUCAUCUCAACAAGAGAGGACGUGUUGUGAACUGCCCGUACGUAGACAACUCCUACAAGUGGGCAGGAGGUGGUUUCCUGUCCACCGUGGGGGACCUGCUGCUGUUCGGUAACGCUCUGCUCUUCAGCUACCAGGCGGCCCACCUGAAAGACACUGAGGGCUUGCUCCCUGGCUUCCUCAAACCUAAUACUGCUAUAGAUCUGUGGGCACCAGCUGACAGGACAGAGGCCAGCUGGGACAAAGAUGGAUUGUAUGCUCAAGGCUGGCUGGUAGUGGAGAAACUACAGAAGUACAGCCAGUGCAGGAAGCGCAGACACUACGUUUCACACACAGGAGGCGCUGUGGGGGCUAGCAGUGUCCUCCUGGUGCUACCCAGUGAGGAGAAAGAUGAGCACCGAGGACAGACCACUCCUCUCCCAAAGGGGGUGGUGGUCACCAUCAUCGCUAACAUGCAGUCUGUGGGACUCAACGGCACAGCACUGAAAAUUGCACAUGAGUUUGACAAAGCCAAAAGACUCUAAGAGUAAGUUGUUUACAGACAUGUUUAUAUUUCACCGAAAAGUAUUCAAACCCAUACAUGACAUUUUAAUAACUCUAUAAAAAACAGUUCACAGGAUGUUAUUGAAAUUCAAUAAAUAUUAAACUUACAAAUAUGUCAAGUUGCCACUAGGUGGAAGCAGUUUCCUAUGUGCCAUAGCAAAAAGACCUCACUGGCUCGUGGUAUCAGUUUGUUGGCCUAAUACAAGGGUUUAUGUAUAUCUAUCUUUUAAAAACUAACACAAAAAUAUGUAAAUAUAUAUUGUUCUGCAUUUGAAGCGAAAAUAACAACCUUUCACAAUGGAAAGAGACCGUUGGCCAUUUAAAGUACCAUGGUCCACCGCAAAAAUCUCCAUGUUACACGUAGUGAUUUCUUGGGUCCAUCCUGAACAGAUAUUUCCCCAUAACAACUUCAAAUGCUUUGGGAAAAACCCUGUUGUGUGUUGACCUAAAACUCUUAUCAAAAGGGAUUUUACUCUUUGCGAAGUGUUAAAAUUGACUUCAAUCACAAAUACAAUCCCGACUUUGUCUUUGAAGAAAAUGGACAGUUUCCGGUUUCAAUGCCUGUAUAAGUGUGCUGCAAAACUAGUUUAUAAAUGAUGUUGAGAAUUUUACCAAAACAUA